UACAAUUUACAACGUUCCUUUGUCUGUUGUGUUCCCUGGAAGAGAGAGGCUUUACGAACAGAGCGAGGAAUGUCGAAGCUCAUUCUGCUUCACACUUCUCACCAUCUCACCCCAAUCCACCGCCGUGUCCUAAAUGCCGCCGUUUUGACUCCUGUUUCCAAGCCUCUCCUCACUCCCUUCUCUCUCUCAGGUCUCCGCCCCCAAUGCCUCCGCUCUUCAUUCUCUCCUCCUCUUUCUCUGCGAAGCCUCUCGGCUCGCGCCUUCGACUCGUCGUCUUCUUCAUCGUCCGAGACCAAAGAAGAAGAAUUGAAGCAAAUCGAUGGCAAGUCUGGGCCUCAGGGUAAGGUUAACAGUGAGAGUAUCAAUACAGGCACAGCAGACAAGGACUAUCCCACUGGCGAGUUUCAGUUUCAAAAGAUGAGCUCUUGGAAGAGCUUCGUCGUCAAGCUUCGUAUGCUCAUUGCCCUCCCUUGGGAGCGCGUCAAAAAAGGCAGUGUCUUGACCAUCAAAUUGCGAGGCCAGGUAUCUGAUCAGCUAAAGAGUCGAUUCUCCAGUGGACUAUCGCUACCUCAAAUUUGUGAGAACUUGGUGAAAGCAGCGUAUGAUCCUCGAAUUUCUGGUGUCUAUCUCCAAAUUGAGAGCUUGAAUUGUGGUUGGGGGAAAGUCGAAGAAAUUCGAAGGCAUAUAUUGGAUUUCAAGAAAUCAGGAAAAUUCAUUUUGGCCUAUGUACCUGCUUGUGGAGAGAAAGAGUAUUACCUUGCUUCUGCAUGCCAAGAGAUAUAUGCCCCUCCAAGUGCUUAUUUUUCUUUAUUUGGUCUCACCGUUCAGGCCUCAUUCGUAAGAGGUGUUCUUGAAAACGUUGGAAUUGAGCCACAAGUGGAAAGGAUUGGUAAAUACAAAAGUGCCGGCGAUCAACUUGCACGCAAAACCAUGUCUGAAGAAAAUUGUGAGAUGCUGACUGCACUGCUUGAUAAUAUAUACGGGAAUUGGCUGGAUGUAAUUUCUUCUACAAGAGGAAAGAAAAGAGAAGACAUCGAGAAUUUUAUUAGUGAAGGAGUGUACCAAGUAGAAAAAUUUAAAGAAGAGGGCUGGAUCACAAACAUACACUAUGAUGAUGAGGUUAUUUCACUGUUGAAGGAAAGACUUGGAGUACAAAAAGAAAAAGUUCUUCCUAUGGUUGAUUACAGGAAAUACUCUAAGGUUCGACAAUCGACUGUUGGCUUAUCAGGCGGCAAAGACAAGAUAGCCAUAAUUAGAGCCUCAGGCAGCAUUAGUCGUGUACGGGGCUCUUUUAGUCUUCCUGGUUCGGGUAUUAUUGGGGAACAGUUCAUUGAGAAGAUUCGUAGUGUGAGAGAAUCAAAAAAGUAUAAGGCCGCUAUCAUCCGAAUUGACAGCCCUGGAGGUGAUGCCCUUGCUUCUGAUUUAAUGUGGAGGGAAAUCAGACUUUUGGCUGCAUCAAAACCUGUCAUUGCAUCAAUGUCUGAUGUGGCAGCAAGUGGAGGAUACUAUAUGGCAAUGGCAGCAGACACCAUUGUUGCAGAAAAUCUAACCUUAACUGGUUCCAUUGGGGUUGUGACAGGGAAGUUUAACUUGGGAAAACUGUAUGAGAAGAUUGGCUUCAACAAGGAAAUCAUAUCAAGGGGAAAAUAUGCGGAGCUUCUUGCAGCUGAACAACGAUCUUUCAGACCAGAAGAAGCUGAACUCUUUGCUAAAUCUGCACAGAAUGCAUAUAAGCAAUUUCGAGACAAGGCAGCUUUUUCCAGAUCAAUGACUGUAGAUAAAAUGGAGGAGGUUGCACAAGGGAGAGUUUGGGCUGGUAAGGAUGCAGCUUCACGGGGUUUAGUUGAUGCUAUUGGUGGACUUUCUCGGGCCGUCGCAAUAGCAAAACUCAAGGCAAAUAUACCCCAAGACAGACAGGUUACACUCGUGGAGCUUGCAAGACCGUCCCCUACACUGCCAGAAAUUUUAAGUGGCAUAGGGAGCAGUUUGGUUGGAGUAGACAGAACAAUGAAGGAAUUGCUGCAGGACUUGACAUUUGGUGAUGGAGGAGUUCAAACCCGGAUGGAGGGAAUCAUGUUUCAAAGGCUGGAGGGAGCUUCUCAGGCUAACCCCAUCUUCUCUUUGCUGAAAGAUUACCUCAGUUCCCUCUAACCAUGUUGUUAGCUAUCCCUUUUUUUUUCAUGGGACGGCUAAGUUUGUAUGCAUACUCGAGUGUUGUAGCCAUAGAAGAUUCAAAAGAAAAAAGAAAAGAAAAGAAAAAUGUAGUAUAUUGUAUUUACUGAUCAUUAUUAUACAUAAAAGUUAUAACGCAUUUAUACAUACAAGUUUACUCUGCAUUAAAGAAAAGAGAAUGUUGUUGAUUGGCUUCGCUA